AAUAAUGACAUGCCAACCAACCGAUUGCAGACGUCGCCACGCGUUCACACCGCGGGACAGUUCCACAAACUUACUGGGAAUAUAAAGUACAAACACACCUGUGACCUGAACACAGUUUGCUCAUCAUGCCUAACUGGGGUGGAGGGAACAAAUGUGGAGCGUGUCAUGGGACGGUGUAUCACGCUGAAGAGGUCCAGUGUGAUGGAAGAAGUUUCCACAAGUGCUGCUUUCUCUGUAUGGUCUGCAGGAAAGGUUUAGACAGCACCACACUGGCCAUCCACGACCAGGAGAUCUACUGCAAGUCCUGCUAUGGCAAAAAGUACGGCCCGAAAGGAUACGGGUACGGCCAGGGGGCGGGAACGCUCAAUAUGGACCGUGGCGAGAGGCUGGGCAUCAUACCAGAAGAGACACAAACACACAGGCCCACCUCCAACCCAAACCCCUCCAAGUUUGCACAGAAGUUCGGAGGCUCGGAGAAGUGCGCACGCUGUGGAGAGGCUGUGUAUGCUGCCGAGAAGGUGAAGGGCGCUGGAAAGCCGUGGCACAAGAACUGCUUUCGCUGUGCCAAAUGUGGAAAGAGUUUAGAGUCGACCACACAGACAGAGAAGGACGGUGAAAUCUACUGCAAGGCGUGUUAUGCAAAGAACUUUGGACCCAAAGGAUUUGGAUACGGUCAGGGAGCAGGGGCUCUGGUCCACGCUCAAUAAUAUUUAUCACUUUUACAUGUUCUAAAGCAGUGGUUCUCAAACUUUUUUGUUGUAAGGCCCCCUUUGUGUAGAGUGCAUUGCUUUGCGGCCCCCCAAAUACUUACAAUCUUAAACUUAAAAUUUUAAUUAAACCAAGAAAAUAUUCAGUUAAACAAUGCUAAAACAUCAAUUCUUUUGGAUGGUGGUGUUGUUUUUCUGAUGUUUGAUUGCACAAAAUGUAUGAUAAAUAUCUAUAUUUCUAAAAUGCCACAAAAUCUGUGGCCCCCCUGGAACCAUCUUGGGGCCCCCAGUUUGAGAACCACUGGUCUAAAGGUUACUACGCAUUUCAAAAAACUUUCUAAGGGUUAAGUAGCCAAUUUGAUAAGCAUCUACAAUAAUAUUGUAUUUGUUAACAUGAGUUUAAGUGUUAGUUCCCCAAAAAUAAAAAUUCUCUCAGUA